AUGGCGGCAUGAGAGAGAGGAGGAGAAUGACUUUUUUUCUCUCUCUUCCCGCUCCUCCCUCCCCUCCUCUUUGACAUUCCACCAGAAAAAAAAAGUUGAAAUUUCAACUUUUCUGACCUAUUUCUAGAGAGCUUAUCGUUUCUACAAACACCUUCUCCUCUCAGAUUUUUCUUUUCCUUUAUUCUUGUCUCCUUCCGAGGAAUCCGGUUCCGACACAAACCCAAAACUGAGAGCAGAGGAAACAAUGGGAGGAGGAGGAGGAGGGUCUGUUAACGAACUAAACAGCGAUUCCAAGGAACACACGAGUGCUGCUGAUCAUGCGUUCGACACAACGAUAGAGGAGCUCUGCAACAACCUCUGCGAAUUGCAGAGUUCUAAUCAGUCUCCAUCAAGGCACAGCUUUGGAUCUUACGGUGACGAUGAGUCAAAGAUCGAUUCUGAUCUACAACACCUCGCUUUAGGAGAGGUGCACGAUUUAGAUAUUACCGAAGACGAAGAAGAAGAAGAAGAGAAGGAAGUGGCAAAGCCUGAAGAUAUCGAUAUGGUGAGACCAGCAAGUUCCGCUACUACUAACUCAACCUCUUCAAAGUUGGAUACGGAGAAACAAGCUGGUAAGAACAAGAACGCGAACAGACCGAGCUUGGGACUCGGUAGGAAGAAGAAAGCAGGAACAACAGCAAAGUCACAAAACGAAGAACCAUCAUCUGAAAACGUGGAGCUGGCACGUUUCUUGCUGAACCAAGCGAGGAACCUCGUUAGCUCCGGAGAAAACAUCAGCAAAGCUCUCGAGUUAUCUCUCCGAGCUGAUAAGCUCUUCGAAGCCUCCGCAAACAACGGGAAACCCUGUUUGGAAUGGAUCAUGUGCUUCCACGUCAGAGCAGCGAUCCACUGCAGGUUAAAGGAGUACAGCGAAGCGAUCCCGCUUCUUGAACGCUCCAUCCAGAUCCCACUUCUCCAAGAAGAAGGCGGGGAAGACCACGCGCUAGCUAAAUUCGCCGGUCUGAUGCAGCUAGGCGACACUUACGCGACGGUGGGGCAGCUAGAGAACUCGAUAUCCUGUUACACCGAAGGGUUGAAAAUCCAGACGAAGGUUCUGGGAGACAACGAUCCGAGAGUCGGCGAAACGUGCAGAUACUUAGCCGAAGCUCUGUUACAAGCGUUACGGUUCGAUGAAGCUGAGAAGGUUUGUCAAACGGCUCUCACUAUACAUAGAGAGAACGGUUCGCCAGCUUCGCUCGCCGAGGCGGCGGAUAGGAGGCUGAUGGGACUUAUAUGCGAGACCAAAGGCGAUCACGAGAACGCCUUGGAGCAUUUGGUGUUAGCAAGCAUGGCCAUGGCUGCGAACGGACAAGACUCUGAGGUUUCUUUCGUCGAUGCCAGCAUCGGUGACUCCUACUUGUCUCUCUCUCGGUUCGACGAAGCGAUCUGUGCGUAUCAGAAGUCUCUCACGGCGCUUAAGACGGCGAAGGGAGAGAACCAUCCAGCUGUUGGUUCGGUUUAUAUACGUUUAGCUGAUCUUUGUAACCGAACCGGGAAAGUUCGUGAAGCAAAGUCUUACUGUGAGAAUGCUCUUCGGAUAUACGAGUCAAAUAGCCUAGAGAUCUCUCCCGAGGAGAUCGCUAGCGGUCUUACGGAUAUCUCUGUGAUUUGUGAGUCUAUGAACGAGGUGGAGCAAGCUGUGACGUUGCUGCAGAAGGCGUUGAAGAUAUACACUGAUUCUCCUGGUCAGAAAAUGAUGAUUGCGGGUAUCGAAGCUCAGAUGGGAGUGUUGUACUAUAUGAUGGGGAAGUACUUGGAGUCGUACAACACGUUCAAGAGAGCCGUCUCGAAACUAAGGGCGACGGGGAAGAAACAGUCGACGUUUUUCGGGAUUGCGCUUAACCAGAUGGGUUUAGCUUGCAUUCAGCUCGACGCGAUAGAAGAGGCUGUUGAGCUGUUUGAAGAAGCCAAGUGUAUUUUGGAACAAGAGUGUGGUCCGUACCAUCCUGAAACACUUGGAUUGUACAACAACCUUGCAGGAGCUUAUGAUGCUGUUGGCAGGUUGGAUGAUGCAAUCGAGCUGCUAGGACAUGUGGUUGGGGCUCGAGAGGAGAAGCUAGGGACGGCGAAUCCUGGAACAGAAGAGGAGAAGAGAAGGUUGGUCCAACUCUUGAAAGAAGCUGGUAAGGUUACAGGAAGGAAAGCUAAAUCCCUCCAGACUCUGAUUGAUUCCGAUCUCAUGACUUCCUCAGCUCAUCGUUAACACAUAAUGUGCUGUUACCUUUUCUUUCUAUAUAUAGAAAAAAUGUGCAUACGUUAAUUUUUCUCAUUUGUGAUUAUUAUUAUUGUUUGUGGAAGCUCA